UGACAGCGGGAGCCCGGGCGCCGGGCGCGGGGCUCGGUGACAGCGGAGGCGGCGGCCGCUGGCUAGACGUAGGGAGCGGCGGCGGCGCCGACAGCAGCGGAAAGGGCGGACAGGGCGGGCCUCCCUGGGGGUGCCGAGCCGGAGGAACUCGGGAGGGGGCGGCAAGCGCAGUUUGCGGGCCGGACACCUGAACUUGGGACAAGUUGCCGGAGCCCCGGGGCGCGGGCGGCGGACGGAUUGACCUUCAGAGCUAGGAAGCCAGCGCCAGCAGCCGCCAUGGCUUCGCGCAUUGGGCUGCGCAUGCAGCUCAUGCGGGAGCAGGCCCAGCAGGAGGAGCAGCGGGAGCGCAUGCAGCAGCAGGCCGUCAUGCACUACAUGCAACAGCAGCAGCAGCAGCAGCUGGCGGGGCCACCCACCCCGGCCAUCAGCACCCCAGUCCAUUUCCAGUCUCCGCCACCUGUGCCCGGGGAGGUGCUGAAGGUGCAGUCCUACCUGGAGAACCCCACCUCCUACCACCUGCAGCAAUCCCGGGACCAGAAGGUGCGGGAGUACCUGUCUGAGACCUACGGGAACAAGUUUGCCGCCCACAUCAGCCCUGCCCAGGGCUCCCCAAAGCCCCUGCCAGCCGCCUCCCCUGGGGUGCGGGCUGGACAUGUGGUGUCCUCUUCAGCCGGCAACAGUGCACCCAACAGCCCCAUGGCUAUGCUGCACAUUGGCUCCAACCCUGAGAGGGAGUUUGAUGUCAUCGACAACAUUAUGUGUCUGGAUGAUGUCCUGGGCUUCAUCAAUCCUGAAUCCCAGAUGCCCAAUACGCUGCCGCUGUCCAGCAGCCACCUGAACGUGUACAGUGGUGACCCCCAGGUCACAGCUUCACUGGUGGGUGUCACCAGCAGCUCCUGCCCAGCUGACCUGACCCAGAAGCGUGAGCUUACAGAUGCUGAGAGCAGGGCUCUGGCCAAGGAGCGGCAGAAGAAGGACAAUCACAACCUAAUUGAAAGGAGGCGGAGGUUCAACAUCAAUGACCGCAUCAAGGAGCUGGGAAUGCUGAUCCCCAAGGCCAAUGACCUGGAUGUGCGCUGGAACAAGGGUACCAUACUCAAGGCCUCUGUUGAUUACAUCCGGAGGAUGCAGAAGGACCUGCAGAAGUCCCGGGAGCUUGAGAACCACUCUCGGCGCCUGGAGAUGACCAACAAGCAGCUAUGGCUCCGCAUCCAGGAGCUGGAGAUGCAGGCUCGAGUGCACGGCCUCCCCACCACCUCCCCGUCUGGCAUGAACAUGGCUGAACUGGCCCAGCAGGUGGUGAAGCAGGAGCUGCCCAGCGAGGAGGGCCCAGGGGAGGCCCUGCUGUUGGGGGCCGAGGUCCGCGACCCUGAGUCACUGCCGACUCUGCCCCCCCAGGCCCCACUGCCCCCGCCAGCCCAGCCAGCCCAGCCAGCCCAGCCACCAUCCCCAUUCCACCAACUGGACUUAAGCCACAGCCUGAGCUUUGGGGGCGGGGGCGACGAAGGGCCCCCAGGCUACCCGGAACCUCUGGGGCCAGAGCAUGGCUCCCUGUUCCCCAACCUGUCCAAGAAGGACCUGGACCUCAUGCUCCUGGACAACUCACUGCUGCCACUGGCCUCCGACCCCCUCUUCUCCACCAUGUCCCCUGAGGCCUCCAAGGCCAGCAGCCGCAGGAGCAGCUUCAGCAUGGAGGAGGGCGACGUGCUGUGACCCUGGCUGCCCCCAUGCUGGGGAACAGGGGCAGGCCUGGGGGUGGGGAGGACCAGGGCCACCCUCCUCCCCCCGCUUCAGGCUGCACUUGUGUGUGAAGUAGCCACCUGCCCUGCCUCACUCCUCCCUGUCAGCCCCUUGUUUGGACUUAGUGCCUGCCCGCUUGGCAGCCUGAGGGGUCAGGAGAAGCCCCCGCCUGGCUCAGUACUCCCCGGGGGCAGCCCUCGUGAUGGGGCUGAGCAGGAAUAGGUCCUCGUCCUCACUCCCGGGUGUGUGCCGGGGGCAAGAAGAGGUCCUGGGAGGAUCCUAUCUUCUGAGCCUAAUCUCCCCACUCCCACCCCCCACCAAUGAGGGAGGACCCGUUGGAGGAGGGGGUUCAGACAGUUCCUUCUCUGAAGCAGUGACUGAUCUAGUGGGUGCCCAGGACUGCUUUUCUGGGACUCAGAUGGCGACAAGACCAUCCUCCAGCCUGGCCAGCCCCCUCACACAGGUGGGGCACCCCCACCCCCCUUUGGUGCUAACAGCUCUCCACCAGGUGGUGUGAGGGCGGGGUUGAUCGGCAGCGGGGCUCUGGGUUCAGGUUAGUGUGGGGUCACUGCUGGAAAAGCAGCUACCCUUCAGGCUCCCCACUUUGUGCGUUUAGU